AUGGGAAAGCCUUUUCUCAUCUCGGUUGUUACGAUUCUACUAUGCUUGCGCUUAUCAAUUAUGCCAUUGCCGUGGCUCGUUACAGCUUAUUCCUCAAACCUCACUGAUCAAUCCACUCUCCUUGCCUUCAAAGCCCGGAUCUUGCUCUAUGAUCCUCACAACAUCUUGGCUUACAAUUGGACCACUAGUUCCUCCUUUUGCAACGGGAUGGGCGUCUCUUGCAGCCACCGUCGACAAAGAGUCACCGCCUUAAAAGUUGCCAACAUGGGCAUCGGAGGCACCAUUGAGCCACGACUCUGCAACCUCUCCUUCCUUGCACAACUUGACCUUAGCAACAACAGUUUCCAAGGACACUUGCCCAAUGGAAUUGGCCAGUUGGCUCGACUGAGACGAAUCGACUUGUCAUGGAAUCAGUUGGAUAGAAUGAUUCCACCCAACUUAUCAAACUGCCGGAAGCUUGAAGAAAUUUCACUCUCAGUCAACCAAUUAACUGGUGGUGUGCCAAGAGAGAUUGGAAUGUUGCCUAAUCUUCGUAUCUUAGCUACUACAAAUAAUGGUCUGAAUGGCACUAUCCUAGUUUCCAUGGGCAAUUUAUCUUCGCUACAAGUGUUUGCAUUUCGCACCUGUUAG